CUUAGUGGGUUAAGGGCACCGCGGCACAGCCAGGAUGGCUGUGGUAUCGCUACUGUUGUUUGGGGGUUUGUGGAGUGCUGUGGGAGCGUCCACUCCGGCUGUCGUUACAUGCGGUUCUGUGGUAAAGCUACUCAAUACGCGCCACAACGUGCGACUGCAUUCACACGACGUGCGCUAUGGGUCAGGUAGUGGGCAGCAGUCAGUGACAGGUGUAACCUCUGUGGAUGACAGCAAUAGUUACUGGAGGAUACGGGGGAAGACUUCCACAGUGUGUGAGAGGGGAACACCCAUCAGAUGUGGCCAGCCCAUUCGGCUGACACAUGUCAACACUGGUCGAAACCUCCAUAGUCACCACUUCACCUCACCUCUUUCUGGAAACCAGGAAGUGAGUGCUUUUGGUGAAGAAGGUGAAGGCGAUUAUCUGGAUGACUGGACAGUGCUCUGUAACGGGCCCUACUGGGUGAGGGAUGGUGAGGUGCGGUUCAAGCAUUCUUCCACCGACGUUAUGCUGUCUGUCACAGGAGAACAAUAUGGUCGACCCAUCAGUGGGCAAAAAGAGGUGCAUGGCAUGGCUCAGCCAAGCCAGAACAACUACUGGAAAGCCAUGGAAGGCAUCUUCAUGAAACCCAGUGAAUUGUUGAAGGCAGAAGCCCACCAUGCAGAGCUCUGAGUUCAGAGACUGUGAGCCACUGUCACCACACUGUUCAUAGACAUCUGCUGCUGCUUCACCCUGGGAUCCCUGCCACAGGUCCCCUGGUCAUUGUCCAUGUUACCACUGAGAUGAAGAUGGACGGCAGAAAACAGUGACUGUGUUAGGAGGCUUCAGCCCUUCACAGUUGAAGUGGUUCUCCCACUUGGGUCUGUUCUUUCUGAGUGCAAGACUUAUUGGUGAAGGAGCAGGUGCUUUUUAUUCACACUAAUAAAACAGAAACUAAGGGAGACAUCCCUCCUAGCUGGGAGAUUUUUACUCUUCAAAAGCUUGGCAUCAUGGAUUAUUAAUGUGUGUGACUUUUUCCCUGUUUUCUUUCUCCAGAAUGAUAAAAAAGAAUUUCAUUGUUAGUCACUGUGUUGUCAUUUAUUAGGUGUGCUAUUUCAUGAUGUAAUUAAUCCUUGAGUCCUGAGAGUCACUGCUAUCACUCUUUUGAAAUGCUGGGAACCAUUGGUGUGGGGCCCUUUUAAGAGCCUUACUUGCAUCCAUAUUUUUUCUUUCUAUUUUGACUUGUCCUCUAGCACUUCAUCUUUACUGGAUUUUUCACUAAUUAUGGCUAAAGAUCCUCAAAAAAUACAGCUUAAUAAAUAGCCAAUGAAAUGUUUUACUCUGAA